UUCCGAGGGAGUAGCAGGAGGCAGAGGUCGUGGAGACAAGAUUUGGAGCAUGGCGGCUGUGGCAAGGAGCAUCGUGAACUUCCCACUUAAAUGCAGUGGCUAUGUUCACCACCGCAUCGUAUCUUCCAGAUCAAUGGCCUCUAAAGCAACAGUGGGAUUCGUUGGGCUGGGCAACAUGGGUAAUCCAAUGGCACAGAACCUCAUAAAGCAUGGCUAUCCCAUUAUUGCUACUGAUGUCUUCCCAGAAUCGUGCAAAGCAAUACAGGAUUUGGGAGCACAGAUCGUGGACUCUCCUGCUGUGGUAGCUGAACGAGCUGAUCGAGUUAUAACCAUGCUACCAUCAAGUCCAAAUGUGAUUGAAGUGUACACUGGUCCAAAUGGCAUUUUGAAGAAAGUCAAGAAAGGGUCAUUGCUCAUUGAUUCGAGUACUAUUGAUCCUGCAGUUUCUAAGGAAAUGGCCAAGGCAGCAGAAAAGGCUGGAGCGUUGUUCAUGGAUGCACCUGUAUCAGGAGGUGUCAGUGCUGCACGGGGCGGCAACCUCACGUUCAUGGUUGGUGGAUUGGAAGAAGAAUUUAAUGCAGCUAAAGAAUUGCUGAGCUGUAUGGGAACCAAUGUAGUUUACUGUGGAGGAGUUGGAACAGGACAGGCAGCAAAGAUCUGUAACAACAUGCUCCUCGCUAUUAGUAUGAUUGGAACUGCUGAAGCAAUGAAUCUGGGAAUCAGGCUAGGCCUUGACCCGAAGCUUCUGGCGAAAAUUCUGAACAUGAGCUCAGGUCGAUGCUGGUCAAGUGAUACCUACAACCCUGUACCGGGAGUGAUGGAUAGUGUGCCUUCUGCUAACGAUUAUCAGGUGGAUUUGCAACAGCCUUAAAUGGCAAAGGAUCUGGGAUUAGCACAAAACUCUGCCAUAAACACUAAAACCCCUGCACUAUUGGGAUCAUUGUCUCAUCAGAUAUAUAGGAUGAUGUGUGCACGAGGCUACACACAGAAAGAUUUCUCUUCGGUGUUUCAGUUUCUGCGUGAAGAAGAAAAUAUAUAAACCAGUCCAGCAUCAAAGUGCAUCUUGGAAAAUAUAGUCAUGAGAAUUUGUCAGUGAACGGUCAAAUAACUUCAGUUAUCUAACAUAAAAAGGACAGAGUAAUUCUGUAGCUACAAAUCAUGAUCCCAAUGUGACUGUAUAGUUUCGUAGAGAAUAGCUUUUGUAAUUGUGCACCCAGAGGUCGCUACUUUAACUGUGGGAUUAGAUAAUAAAAGCAUUUUGAAACUGGAUUGUGAUCAAGACAGCCAGGAAGCUUUGAGGUAUGAGCCUGUUACAUAUGAUGUAGGUUUUUGAUUUGUUACAGAGGGAGAGGUGAGGAAUUAACUUUUUGUUUUAUGUUUUGUGAGUUUCAUUUCCACCUCACCAGGUAUUGACAUGAUAUGAAUUUUCAUUUUAGCUUUGAUUUUUGUUUUCCUGCAUCAUACAUAGAUCAGAGUCUAUCAUGAAUUCAUGACCAGUAUUAUUAUUUCUUUAAAUAUCAAAUUAAAAUGUGAUGAUAAAUUGAAAUAAAAUUCUAUUAAUCAUGUGCAGGAUUCAAUCAAUAGUGUUUUUGUUUGGGGCAAUUCGGGAACCCUGAUCUGUUUAAUCUGAGCUUUCAUGGUAGUUUUGUCUUCAGAUCCAAGUCCACUAGGACCCUGGCAGAGGCUGCCCAAUGUCAAUUCACAUAUAGAGUCAUAGAACUAUACAGCAUGGCAACAGACCCUUUGGCCCACCUCGUCCAUUCUGACCAUGUUGCCCAAGCAAGCUAGUCCCAUUUGCCUGUGCUUGGCCCAUGUUCCUCUGAACUUUU